AUGCUUACAUCUAAGUUGGAAGUGCUGGUUGAUUUUGGAGAAAAUCCUGAUCAGCAAAUCUUAGAGAAAACACUUAAUGAGUUAAAAUCACAGGAUGGCGUUGUGGAGGCAGUGUUUAAGAAUGGGGCCUUUAUGGUAGAGACAUCACUGCCAAGUACAAAUAUAUUAAAUUUAGUGUCCAAUACAUCUGGUAAGAGAGCAGUUCUCCAGGGAUUCGGAGAAACCCAAUCAGCCGUAUGCAUGAUAUCCAACCAAAUAUGCUGCCCAUCCAAAGUGAUGGGGGUGAUCCGGUUCCAACAAACUGCAGAGGGUCCAAUGGUAGCUGACGGCAGCAUAGAUGGACUGGCCUGCGGUGUUCAUGGCCUUCACGUUCAUGAUGUAGGAGACCUUAGCCAGGGUUGUGAAUCCAUUGGGGACCAUUAUAACCCCCGUGGGUCUCCACAUGGGGGUCCAGAAGAUCCCGAAGACCAUAGACACGCGGGGGACCUGGGGAAUAUUGUGGCUGAUGAAACUGGACGAGCUACAUUCAGAAUAGUUGACAACGUGCUUAAGGUGUGGGAUAUCAUAGGUCGUUCUGUAGCCGUCACGGAACAGAGAGAUGAUUUGGGCCAGGGGUCUUCUCCCACCUCCAAGAUAGAUGGGGAUAGCGGCAAGCCAAUAGCGUGCGGCAUUAUAGCGCGGUCGGCCGGCAUCUUCCAGAACCCAAAGCGCAUAUGCGCUUGCGACGGGGUCGUGGUCUGGGAUGAGAGAGAUAGACCUCUGGCCGGCAAGGGAAGAAGAGUUGAGAAGAGUUGUUGCAAGAAAGAAGAGAGUGAGAAAGUAGAAGAAGGGAAUAAGUGUUGUUGUUAA